AAAAAAAUUGGUGUCUCACCCAUCUCCCUCCUCGGGAGAAAGUCCUCCUUUCUUGGCUAUUCUCUUUAUAUCUCUGCUCUGGUUUCCUCUCUUUCUUACUUUGUGUUUACAUUUCUUUUCUGUUUUUUCCCAUCUGCUCUCGCUAGUCGGUACCCUACAUUCUACAAUGGCGUCGAGUCUAAGAGACUUACAGCUCACCCAGGUCGCCGGCGAUGGAGGCAGGAUCUUCGCCGGUAAAGAUUCCGAUGAACUCGAGGACGUGAGGCUCCUAGAUUCAAUCGAGGAUGACAAUAGCUUCAAUAGAAUUGAGGCUGGAAUGAGGAGGGUUCAGGUCGGCGUCUCCGGGAUGACUUGCGCUGCUUGCUCGAAUUCCGUCGAAGCAGCUUUAAAAAGCGUCAAUGGGAUUUUGAUGGCCUCCGUUGCCUUGCUUCAGAACAAGGCUGAUGUGGUUUUUGAUCCCAUGUUGGUUACGGAUGAAGACAUCAAGAAUGCAAUUGAGGAUGCAGGCUUUGAGGCAGAGAUCCUACCUGAACCCAGCACUUUUGGGACAAAGCCUCAUGGAACCCUGCUAGGCCAGUUCACAAUCGGAGGUAUGACUUGUGCAGCAUGUGUAAACUCCGUUGAAGGUAUUUUAAGAAAUCUACAUGGUGUUAAAAAGGCAGUAGUUGCCUUGGCCACUUCCUUAGGGGAAGUUGAAUAUGAUCCUACCAUGAUUAGUAAGGAUGAUAUUGUCAAUGCCAUUGAAGAUGCUGGUUUUGAAGCUUCACUUGUACAGAGCAGUGAGCAGGACAAAAUCAUAUUGGGGGUUACUGGCAUAUACAAUGAGAUGGAUGUACAGCUUUUAGAAGGCAUUCUUAGCCACUUUAAGGGAGUGAGACAAUUUCGUUUUGAAAGAAUAUCAAAAGAAGUGGAAGUUGUCUUUGAUCCUGAAGUUGUCAGUUCUAGAUCAUUAGUUGAUGGGAUUGAAGGAGAAUCCAAUGGGACGUUUAAGUUAAACGUAAAAAGCCCUUAUGCAAGAAUGACUUCCAAAGAUGUUGAAGAAGCCUCAAAAAUGUUUCAGCUGUUCACCUCCAGUUUGUUUCUUAGUAUUCCUGUCUUUCUUAUAAGGGUAGUUUGUCCUCACAUACCACUGGUGUAUUCCUUGUUGCUUUGGCGAUGUGGGCCCUUCCAAAUGGGGGAUUGGUUGAAGUGGGCAUUGGUGAGUCUUGUCCAAUUUGUUGUUGGAAAGCGCUUCUACAUUGCAGCUGCCAGAGCUCUUCGAAAUGGUUCAACUAACAUGGAUGUUUUGGUUGCAUUGGGAACUUCUGCCUCUUACUUCUACUCUGUAUAUGCUCUUCUAUAUGGUGCAGUGACUGGAUUUUGGUCUCCAACAUACUUUGAAACAAGUGCAAUGCUGAUAACAUUUGUAUUGUUGGGGAAGUAUUUGGAGUGUCUUGCCAAAGGAAAAACGUCAGAUGCAAUCAAGAAGUUGGUGGAACUUGCACCGGCAACAGCAAUGUUGCUUGUCAAAGACAAAGGUGGGAAGUGUAUUGGAGAAAGGGAAAUAGAUGCUUUGCUCAUUCAGCCUGGUGAUACGUUAAAAGUUCUUCCUGGUGCAAAGGUUCCUGCCGAUGGUGUAGUUGUAUGGGGUUCAAGUUAUGUUAAUGAGAGUAUGGUAACUGGUGAAUCCAUACCUGUUUUAAAGGAAGCCAAUUCAUUAGUUAUUGGAGGCACAAUAAAUUUACAUGGUGCCCUUCACUUACAAGCUACUAAAGUAGGAGGCGAUGCAGUUUUAAGCCAGAUAAUUAGUUUGGUUGAGACAGCCCAGAUGUCAAAAGCUCCUAUUCAGAAGUUUGCUGAUUUUGUAGCGAGCAUAUUUGUUCCUACAGUUGUUGCCAUGGCAUUGUUAACAUUAUUGGGUUGGUAUAUUGCUGGAGCUCUUGGAGCCUAUCCAGAACGAUGGCUACCAGAAAAUGGAAAUUACUUUGUAUUUGCUCUCAUGUUUUCAAUAUCAGUUGUGGUUAUUGCAUGCCCAUGUGCUCUUGGGUUGGCAACGCCAACUGCUGUCAUGGUUGCGACUGGGGUUGGGGCUAAUAAUGGUGUGCUGAUAAAAGGUGGAGAUGCUUUGGAAAGGGCUCAAAAGAUUAAGUAUGUGAUUUUUGAUAAAACAGGUACCCUAACCCAAGGAAAAGCCACGGUUACGACAGCAAGAGUUUUUGUAGGAAUGGAUCUUGGAGAAUUCCUUCGAUUGGUGGCCUCUGCAGAGGCUAGCAGUGAGCACCCAUUGGCUAAAGCAAUAGUGGAAUAUGCACGUCAUUUCCAUUUCUUUGACGAGCCUUCUGCCAUCAAGGAUGCUGAAAACAAUAGCAAAGAGUCCAUUUCUGGAUGGCUUUUUGAUGUGUCAGAGUUCUAUGCUCUGCCAGGAAGAGGUGUCCAUUGCUUUAUAAAUGGGAAACGGGUUGUGGUUGGAAACCGGAAGCUAAUAACUGAAAGUGGAAUGGCUAUUCCAACUGAUGUGGAAAAUUUUGUAGUAGAGCUGGAAGAAAGUGCCAGGACAGGAAUACUCGUUGCAUAUGACAAUAGCUUGAUUGGUGUUUUAGGAGUUGCAGACCCACUAAAGAGAGAAGCUGCUGUGGUUGUAGAGGGCCUUGGGAAAAUGGGCGUCAGGACUGUCAUGGUCACAGGGGACAACUGGAGAACAGCUAGGGCGGUUGCUAAAGAGGUUGGCAUUCAAGAUGUAAGGGCAGAGGUAAUGCCGGCAGGAAAAGCUGAUGUUGUCCGAUCAUUUCAAAAAGAUGGUAGCAUAGUUGCAAUGGUGGGUGAUGGUAUCAAUGACUCCCCUGCUCUAGCUGCUGCUGAUGUUGGUAUGGCAAUUGGAGCCGGGACAGAUAUUGCCAUAGAAGCUGCUGAUUAUGUAUUGAUGAGAAAUAACUUGGAAGACGUAAUCACUGCCAUUGAUAUAUCAAGGAAGACCUUUGCACGAAUUAGAUUGAAUUAUAUGUUUGCCAUGGGCUACAAUGUGGUUGCAAUCCCUAUUGCUGCUGGGGUUUUCUUUCCUUCUUUGGGUAUAAUGUUACCACCAUGGGCGGCCGGUGCGUGCAUGGCUCUAUCAUCUGUGAGUGUAGUAUGCUCUUCUUUGCUUCUUAGGAGAUACAAAAAACCCAGACUUACAACAAUACUAGAAAUUACAGUAGAGUAGAAAGAGGAAAUUGAGAAACUAGGUUCGACUUCAUAAGAAGAUAUGAUGGGUGUGAAUCCAGUUUGACGUCCCAAUUUUGUAUAUUUCUGUUUCUUUUACAGUGGGGAUGUGCAUUUUGUACCCCAUUCUCUGUAAAUGCCACUCCUAUAAUAAUUUCUCAAUGCUUCUUUCUUUUUCUUGGUUUCA